GGAGGUGGCAGGCUUUGAGAUGGGAAGGCAGGCUGGAGGCCCCAGAAUUAUACCACUACAGGAUUCUACAGUAUCUUUCAGUCUGUUCAGUUUAUCAAAAAGAAGACCGAGAGAUUACUUGAUUAUAAGAUGGGGAAGCUGAGGAACAGAGAGAAUAAAUGAACUGCCCAAAGUCAUAUAGUGACUCAGUGGCAAAGCAGAGGACCCAGUCAUCUAACCACUGGACACACUGCCUUUAGCUUUAACAACUCAAGUUCUAAAGGUUUUACAGAAAAAGAUGUUCUGAAAGCAGAUGGACAUUAGCUCACAACAGCUGGGCCAAGGGAUGAUGUUCUUUUCCAUUUUAGGGGAGGACUAUAGUGACAUGGCCAGAGGGCUGAGUCAUGAAGAAGGAGCACCCUGAGUCCUGGAGAGAGAUGGGUCACGGUGCAAGGAAGGGGGCAUCAGACCUGAGUGGAGCUAAUCCCCAGAGACGGCCACAAGAAGGCACCUCUCAAGGAACCAGAAGCAACCUCCUGAUUCAAAUGUAGCUGCUCAGCAUUUAACCCUUCAUUUCCAUGUGGGCUGCUCAACUGGAAACACAAUCAAUGCUGACAUGUAUUAGCUAUGGACAGCAGUACGAUAAAGUUCUAACUGGCCAGAGAAACACAGCCAAAUUCUGGUUAAUCUCUGGUGCAAGGCAAGCAAGACAUAUGACGUUAGCAACAGUUCGAGAAAUGAUCGUGUCUACAAAACUAUAUCCAAGAAGCUGGCAGCAUUGGGGAUUGGCUGGAUAACCAAACAACACAGAUAAUGCAUCAAGCAGCUGAAGACAGAGUACCACAAAGUCAAGGAUGCCAACAGCACCACUGAGAACUCUCCAUAUGCAUAUCUCUUUUAUGAGAAAUACAAUUGGUUACUUGGAACUGUAGCAGGCACUGAACCCACAGUGGUGCAUAAGAGUCUCCUGAGCAGGGAUGGUGACCUUAUUAACACUCCCCUCCCCCAAUCACAGGCACCACUGGAGGAGAGACAGCCACUAGAUGAAGGGCAAGAAGUGACUCUGGAGUUGAGGCCAGUAACUGAAGAGGUUAUGCCACUAGAGCAGCUACCUCAUAUCCUGAGUCUGUACUUGGAGGACCUAUCUGGGGAUGGCCAUGGGGUGCAGCCUGCUGAGGAACCGGCAUCAGAACUAGCACCAGAGCAGGAGCCAGAUCCUGGAAAGGAAAGCAAUGGCUGCCAAAGGGGUGGAAUCCACACCCAUGCCCCCCGUAGCCCAGUCCAGGAUGGAGAACUUCAGGAAGGUCAAGACGUCGGAGCAGGAUAGCCCACUGCCCUUCCCUGACCUGCCCCCUGGCGUGGUGGAGAUGAAAGUGAAGGAGGGCAGCAAGAUCAGGAAUUUGAUGGGCUUUGCCAUGGCCAGGAUGGAGCUGAAGGGCACCCGGCAGAUAGUCUUCAGUGGCUGUGGUCGGGCAGUCACCAAAACCAUCACCUGUGUGGAGAUCAUGAAGAGGAAGCUGGGGGGCCUCCACCAGGUCACCAAGGUGCGUUACAAGACCCUGCUGGAGGUUUGGGAGAACAAGGACCCUCAGCCUGAUGGCCAAGUGGAGAACCUGACCGUCCACAAGAAUGUGCCCUCCAUCUGUAUCCUAUUGUCCAAGGACCCCCUGGAUACCAAUGAGAUGGGCUACCAGCCUCCGGAGUCCAGGGAUGGGCUGUGGGCUGAAGAUGGGGGAACAGAGGAAGAUAGACUCAGUUCACUCCCACAAGGGGUGAAGAGACCUUUGGCACUUCCGCAUGGGGAGCUGGCUAACAAGAAAAUGCAGGUACAGGUACCAGAGAGUCAAAAGGGCUUGGGGACUAUGGACUACAUGCUGGACUAUCAUCACUGACUCACCCCCACCCCCCAGAGAAAUAACCUAAGCCAUACGUAGUGUACAUAGAAAAGAGAUUAUAUAUUGAAGACACUCUAGAUUUUUAGACGCUUUGUAAUCAAUAAAGGGAUGAUUAAGCCAGUGCCUUGCUUGGUCAUGAGUCCUGGUGAUCUCGCGUAUUGCGUAGCUUUCCCCACAAAGACUCUGAUUCAUAGACACCACUGCUCCCCUCCACUUCCCCAUCCCCUCAACCUUUGCUGCUCUUGGGGUGGGGGCAGUGAUCAGCUCUGUUCUCAAGCUGCAGGGAGCUGGCUAAUUAGAAAAAACGUGAUGAGAGAGAUCAAUCCAGUGGAGGGGGCAGUAAUGCACCAGGAGCAGCUCAUUUGCGUGUGGAAGAAUGG